UCAUUGUUGUUCUCAAAGCCACGUGACGGUCUGAUGACGUCACGACUGUCAACAGAAAUCAGCUGAUCACGUGUGCUGUAGCCGAUUCGGGAGAAUGAGUGGCCUCCAGGAACUCCGCGCCGCUGGACUUGUCAUUUACCGCUGUGUUGCUACAGAGAUACAGUACCUCUUGAUGCAGGCUUCCUAUGCGGAUCAUCACUGGACUCCCCCAAAAGGCCACGUUGAUCCAGGAGAAUCUGAUUUGGAAACGGCUCUGAGGGAAACGCAGGAGGAGGCUGGCUUGUCUCGGAAUGAUUUUACGCUAAUUGAUUCCUUUAAGAAAGAGCUGAAGUAUGAAGUUCGAGGGAAGCCCAAGACCGUCAUUUACUGGUUAGCCGAGCUGAAUAACGGCAGCAAGGAGGUUACCCUGUCGGAAGAGCAUCAAGAGUACCGUUGGUUGCCCUUGGCCGAAGCAUCCAGUUUGGCGAAGUUCCCCGAGAUGAUAUCUACCCUCGAAGAGAGCGAAGAGUUUAUCAAGAAAUACAAGCAAAAAUGAGGGAAGCUGUAUGUUCAUAAUAAAGGGAUAUAAUAUGAAACAACAAAGAAGAAGUAGAAGAAAAAGGA